UGGAGGCCGCGUAUGCAGAGCUUAGCCGUGUGGGGUUGAAUGGUGCGAAGCUGGAGGUUGCAUGCCUUUUUUCUCUCUGUAAUCAUCUCAAUGCAACCACGCGAAACCCAGAGAAACCUAGAGAAGCUCGGCCAGGAAGAGCUGUUCGUCGGCUGAAUGCGAGCAGCAUUUCCCGAUAUCAGGAGGCACUAAAGCUUUAGGAUGUGUCAGCCCGUACUCUCACAUGACUGAUCCCACAGAGCAGGCUAAAGAUCCAACAUGGUGACAUACCCGGACAAGCAGUGAACCAGCUUUGUAAUGUCCUGACCUGAACCUGACGUUACCUGGAAAAACCACUAAUCCUGUUUCAUACUACGCGCCCAGCUCUAACGAGAGGCAUGCAGACAUGCUGUAAGUUGAACAUUGCAGCACUGAGAAGAAUUUCACCAUGAAGGUCCCUAGCUCCUCAUGGGCCUUCCUGCUGGGCGUCUUGGUGGGGACCGGCAGCAUGUACUUCUUCCUGCGCCAGGUGUGGUUCGAGCGAAGCUACCCUGUUCUCUCAGAGGCUCAGGAAGCAACCAACGUACCAGGGGAGGGACCCACCAGCUGGAGGAAGGAAGGAGGUGCACUCAUCAACCUGCUCCACCCUCACCAUGCAGAUGAAGACAGCCACGUGGCAGACACGCUGUUCCACAAGGUUCGUGUUCUCUGUUGGGUAAUGACAGGGCCGUACAACCUCGAGAGCAGGGCCCGCCAUGUCCGAGCCACCUGGAGCCGGCACUGCAACAUUGUUUUGUUCAUGAGCUCAGUGGAAGACCCUUCCUUCCCCACUGUGGGGCUGGGCACCAAAGAGGGCCGCGAUCAGCUCUACUGGAAAACCAUCCGAGCCUUUCAUUACGUGCACGAGCACCACGUGAACGACGCCGACUGGUUCCUGAAAGCCGACGAUGACACCUUUGUGGUGGUCGAUAACCUGCGUUGGCUUCUGUCCAACCACACCCCCGAAGAGCCCGUCUAUUUUGGUAAACGCUUUAAGCCGUACACCAAACAGGGCUACAUGAGUGGAGGCGCGGGGUACGUGCUAAGUAAGGAGGCCCUCAGAAGGUUUGUCAAAGGUUUCCAGACCAAGGCCUGUACACACACCACCCCUGUUGAAGACCUGGCAUUGGGGCAGUGUUUGGAGAAGAUGGGCGUUCUGACGGGGGACUCCAGAGACACGAUGCACCGAGAAACCUUUCACCCGUUUGAGCCGGAGCACCAUCUCACCACAAAGUUCCCCAAGAGCUUCUGGUACUGGAGUUAUUGUUUCUACCCGAUUGUCGAGGGUCCGCAGUGCUGCUCAGACCUGGCUGUGUCAUUCCAUUAUGUGGAAGCAAAGCUGAUGUACACUCUGGAGUAUUACACCUACCACCUGAGAGCUUAUGGCUACGUACCGCGCUACCUGCCCCCUGCACGCCGCAGGCCCAGUCUGCCCCCGCCCUCGAAGACGACCGCCACUGUGGACCGUAAAGUGGCUCAGCGGGGGACGGACUCGACCACUCACACGGCCCCUGCUCUUCUCGUCAGUGGAAACCGAUCCACAGAAGAGACACGCACAGAGCGGGGCACGACAGGCGUUGACGUUUUUAAUUUACCCCCAAACAGGACUGCAAGCACACAAGGCAGCCGUCACUGAUCCCCUGCGCCGUUUGUCUUCCGGCUGCUGCAUGAGCUUCGACUGCACUGAAUCUGAUCCGAUCGCAGCUACUUUAAUACCAUGACAGGGCGAUCAAAGCCAGGAAAGAGACUUUUUGUUCUCAGAGGGUUUGCUGCUCUGUGUAGUAUACUGGCUGCGGUCCUCAGACAAUACCUCUUUCACAGACAGCGCUCCCAGUGGGAGUGGGGACAAAUUAAUUAUGGCUCAGUGGCAGCUGCGUAUCGCCUGGGUAUUUUUUACCCAAUAUAAAUGCAUGCUUUUUGCUUAAUUAUGUUGGACAGCAUCUGGAUUUGUGACCCAGCCACAGUGAAUUUGUAUUGAUGAGGAAACAUUUUCACUUAAAACAUCAUUAAGUUUUUUUUUUCUUUUUUCAUAUUAAAUGGAGAGCAGCAGCACAUUGUGAAACUGAAGUACUCGGUCUUUUUAUGGAUACCAGUUGAUUUUAAUUAUGAUGAUUAAAUUCUUUUUCUAUUUUAGCUUUUUAAACAACUUGCAAAAAUUGAUGUUUGAAUUAUUGUGAGAUUAUGUUCAUCUUUCUGGAAUGAAUUCUAAUUUCUUUUCAUCUGGAGCUCAAGAUCUCAUGUGGCGAUAAACGCAGGCCGAUAUAAUGUCUGUUACAGCAACAACUGUGCAGAAAUGGUUUUUGAGUCUGAUGCAAAGCUCUAAAGUCCUAAUGUGCAUUAAAAAACAACCUGUUCUUCUGUUUCAGAGCAGUGCUAAACAUACAAUUAUACACGUUUCCCGUGAAUCUGUUCCUGUCGAGUCAUUUUGAGGUUUGAAUCCCGAAAUCAGAAAGAUGGACCAAAAUGAAACAAUACGAAAUAUAUAAAAAUUAUUUUUAUUUUCAACUUUGAACAAACAGAAGAUAACAAUAAAGAAACUGAAAUUA